CGGGCGGUGUCUUCUUGCUGAAGGGAAACGAGACCCGAUAUUAGAACCGGGGAAGCCCUUAACCUUCCCGGUCUUCCAGCCAGCUCAUGUGUCUUAGAUCGGAUGAGCUGAACAUUAAAAAGAUAGUCUUACAACUCGGUCCUAGGUCCUUGACAAAGACCCAUAGUUGAGCGGGGCUCUGGUGCAGUCUGGUCCUGCCAAGAUUUAAUCAGCGACAUUUUCAAACUAUGUGAAGACCUAUUUUAAGAAGAUUUAUUCUUCUGUGAUGGAGAAGUAUGAAAAAAUUGGGAAAAUCGGCGAAGGAUCCUAUGGAGUUGUUUUCAAAUGCAGAAACAGGGACACGGGUCAGAUUGUGGCCAUCAAGAGGUUUCUGGAAUCAGAAGAUGAUCCUGUCAUAAGGAAAAUCGCCCUUCGAGAAAUCCGCAUGCUCAAGCAACUCAAGCACCCCAACCUUGUCAGCCUUAUUGAAGUCUUCAGGAGGAAGCGGAAGCUUCACCUGGUGUUUGAGUACUGUGACCACACCGUGCUCCAUGAACUGGACAGACACCAGAGAGGGGUACCAGCACAUCUCGUGAAGAGCAUAACUUGGCAGACAUUACAAGCUGUAAAUUUUUGCCAUAAACACAACUGCAUACAUAGAGAUGUGAAGCCGGAAAACAUCCUUAUCACAAAACAUUCAGUGAUUAAGCUUUGUGACUUUGGAUUCGCUCGGCUUUUGACUGGAUCGAGUGACUACUACACAGACUACGUGGCUACCAGGUGGUACCGCUCCCCGGAGCUCCUGGUGGGGGACACACAGUACGGCCCCCCGGUAGAUGUUUGGGCAAUUGGCUGUGUCUUUGCUGAGCUGCUGUCAGGGGUGCCCCUGUGGCCAGGAAAAUCAGAUGUGGAUCAGCUCUAUCUGAUUAGGAAAACUCUGGGAGAUCUCAUUCCUAGGCACCAGCAAGUAUUUAGCACGAAUCAGUACUUCAGUGGCGUAAAAAUUCCAGACCCUGAGGAUAUGGAACCACUUGAAUUUAAAUUUCCAAACGUGUCUUAUCCCGCCCUGGGGCUCUUAAAGGGCUGUCUCCACAUGAAUCCUGCCGAGAGGCUGACAUGUGAGCAGCUGUUGCAGCACCCAUAUUUUGACAGCAUCAGAGAAACAGGGAACUUCACAAAAGAGCAUGACAAACCAACAAGGAAGACCCUGAGACAGAGCCGAACGCACCUGCCAGGGGUAAAGACAGGGCUCUGCUUUACAGAAGCAUCCAAGUUGCAGUACCUACCUCAGCUGACCAGCAGCAGUGUCCUUCCAGCUUUGGAUAAUAAGAAGUACUACUACAACACCAAGAAACUUAACUACCGUUUUCCAAACAUUUAAAGAGCUUGCAGGCUGAUGAUAAAAAAAAAUUGAUCAGUAAUUUGAAGAAACCAUACAUCUGAUUGAAAACAAUCCCAAGGUUAAAAAAACAUCAGGAGAAAACAUAAGUAACUAACUGGGGGAGGCCACUUGGCAGGACGUGAAGGGAAAUUCCAGGGGCAGUCUUCCACGCUUGAUGACGGUGUCCAGAACAGAAAGGAAAAUCUUGCUUGGAUUUUUCACUUGUAUUCUUGUUGUCUCUAAGUAACUGAGCUUACAGACAGAAUAUAAACUGUAUCUACUGCCCGUACCGCUGGCAAAAUUACAGAUGCAAAGGAUUUAUGCUUCAACUGUACCAUAUGCAACAAGUGAAAAAUGGAUUACAGAACACCCAUAUGUAUUUCCUUGGAUCCCUGAUGCCUUAAGUCCUAUCUCCUGCCUUUUCAGAUUGUCUCCACGUCGUAUUUAAAGAGAGUUUUCGUUUUUGAAAUCAAAAUGUUUAAAAUUCCAUUUUCUGCUUGCCCCGGCUUUUGAUUUUUAUAUUUUGAAACAUUUUAAUAUUUAAGAGUUGUUCAAAAUAUUUAAAAUCAUGUGGAUUAUCAUAAAAGGCUAAUUUAUAUGCUUAUAUAUUUAGUGACAAGUCUAUAUAGACAUUUCUCACAUAUUCUUUUGUCUUUACCUUUAGUAAAGGAUGCAUCUUUGUUAUUUUCGCAGGCAAGGUGAAUUUACUGUAAUCCGUCUACACUUGUUCACCCAGUUCCCCUUGCAAACAAUGGCAUGAAGCUUGGCAGCUGACCAAGUAGCAGAACGAGAUCUACCGGCUUCGCAGGACCUGGGCCCGCCAGCCUCAGAGUAAUUAGUGCUUCAUUCUCUCCAGCUCAGCCUCGGACUCGGACACAGAUCUACACGCAGGGCUACAUACAGUGAUCUGAGUUCUGGAAGAAGCUGCUUAUGAGCGUUCACUUGGGUCAUAAAAGACAGUAGGUUAUAAAUCGAUGUUUUCCUUGAAAUAUCUUUUUACACUGUAUGUAUGUAUGUAUAUGUGUCUAGUGUACACAUAGGCAUGUGUAUAUAUACCAACCUAAUAACUAAAAGAUACUGGCUAAUAACUAGUUCAAAAUGAUAUUAUUGAGGAUUUCUAGCUUUGUACAGAGAUAAUUAAAAUGACGACAUAGAAUUAGCUUUGAUUUGGCCUAUUGCUCCUAUUCAAAAAGCUUUUUCAUCCUUGUCCCCUGGACACAAGGGUGGUAGAAGCUGAUGUCUGUUUCUUAUAGCUCACCUCCAUUUCUGGUUGAUGAGCUGCUAUUUCCCAGCAGUUCUCAGCCGUGGUUUUUGAAGAUGUAUUUUAUGGUGUCUUCUAAACAUUUCUUCUGCACUCUCAGCUUUAAUGCUAUGUUGAUUUUCUUCAUAAGCACAUUUGACCUUAUCCUCUUCCUGCUAAAUAAUCCACCAAAUUCUGGUAUCUGUUCAAUAAUUUGGCUACCCCAGCCAGUUUAACGAUACCCUGGGGCUUCCUGAUGUAUGUAGCUUCUUGCACAAAGCUGAUGGCGGGGUAAAUGCUGGUCACAGUACUGUCUAGUUCUUGUUAUGUAGACUUGAUUCAAAUGACAAAGAAGGACAUCCAACUUCUGAGAAUAGUUUACAUUUUGUGUUUUUUUUCCCUUACCCCUAACAAUGCACUUGAUGAGGCAGAUGACUAUAACUGCCUAAUUCAUCCUGUAGUUUCAAAAAAAAAAAAAAACCAGAAUAGAAAAGUAGCUCCAGACCAAACUGUGGUGAAUCAGAUGCUUCACCAGACAGUAAUUGAACAAACCUCAGAAAGAAGUGCUCAUUUUUUUUUCUAAUGAAUUCUAUUAAAUAUAUCCUUAUACUUAAUUUAACCAUAUCUGUGAUCCUUUCUUCAGCAUGGAAUCACCACUAUGCCACAUGAGACUGUUCUAUAUCCUUAUCUUUUUAAAAAUGUACUGUUUAUCAUUUUUUUAAAUGACGGUGGAAAUUAUAUUAACAAACAGUGUAUCAUUUAUAGUAUGUGCUGUUUACAUAAGCUGGUUUCUAAACACAACUAAAAUUCACUUUUCUACUUGAAUGUUGCAUCACAGAAAGGAUUUAUUUUAAAAUUAUUUCCAGUCAAGGUUAUAUUCAACAGAUUAAUGUUCAAACAUAUGGAAAUCCACAAAAGUUGGCAUAUAAUACCCAAAUCAGGGCCAUUGCAAGCAGGUACAAAUAAAGGUUGGUUUUUGUCUAUUUAUGAUAUUCUUCAUCACUGCUUUCUAGAUGUAAAGAGAAUUUUGUGCUUAUACUUCUGCAUGAUGUCCCUGGAGCACAUGGGAAGUAGUAUCCAACAUUCAUGAGGGAAUAAAAAUGAGCUUCUAAUUAACAUGUUAAAAUUUUGUGUAUAAAGUAAUUUUUUAAUUUAAGCAAAAAGCAUGGCUAUGCUAGUCUUCAUGAUUGUUUCCUCUGUUUUACUGCAAUCAGCAAAACUAUUUGAAUCCAGCCAAGUAUUCAUGUUUAAUUUUAAUAAAACACCAGAUCAAGCUUACAAUAUAGACAAAUUAGCCAGAAACUGUUCAUUCAGAGAAAGGAUGUUAUAAAGAACACAGGAAUGCAGGAUCAUGAGACAUGCAUGCAAGUCCUGGCAAGCAGUGUGAAUGCCCCAGCAACCCUGGCUGCUCUGCAUAAUUGACUCUAUCAAUAAAUCUGAAAUUUAGCUUUAAAUUCUUCAUAAUUGUACAUUUAUAGUAACAUGCUUCAAUAAUUUUAAAGUAAAAUCUAACAUAAACUACUGUUAAAGAAUGUGUUGUACAUUUGAAUCAUUUUAAAAUGUCUACAUCAAGAGAUACCUGUACAGGUAUCUAUACAAAAUGAGGACUAUAUUAGAAUUAAAAUAGUACCUGGUUUUCAUUUUUCUUAAAAUGAUUUAACGUACAUAAAUUCUCACUUCCAACUUAGUACUUCAAUGAAUCAUGUCUGAAUGUUUAUUUUCUACAUGAUGGGCUCUGCUUCUAGAAUGUCAUGAUGUAACAUCCUUACAGUUCUGUUGAUGAUUAUAUAAGAUUUGUUGCUGUUCAGGGCCAACAAUUUCAAGUGAUACUUUAAAUUGAAAUAAGACACUUACUGAAUAUUAUUAUUUUACUUCAAGUCCAAUUUUAGUUCCAGAGAAGGCAGCGAUGUCUUAAAGGCUUGGACAAUUUUUUCUUUUUCUUUUACUCCAGGAAGAUCACUUAAAAACAAAUACUUGAGGUUUCUGCAAAAAGAAAUUACAAAAAGUUACUUUAAUUUGGCCUUUACUCUUACAGCAUUAAAAACAAACUUGCUUUAUUGCUUUUUUAAAAAAUUAAACACAGAAUGUGUUUGUAUCACCCUACACUUUGAAAAUGACUCUUAGAACAGUAGUACUAUUUUAAAUGAAAUUCAUGCUAGGAACUAAGCUAGACUUUGGGAAGUUCAGUUGUUCUGAAUCAAUAGUUCUGCUGAGUUUUUCCAAAUACAAUAUGUAUACUGUGGAAUAGGACUUCUUUGCAUGUUAAAUAUAAAAUAUGACAUCA